UACAAUACGACUCUCGUGUAAGUCAUUAAUCAUUCAAAACUCUGAAAAGACACGCGACAUCAAAAACAACUCCUCCAUCUGGCCUUCUUUUCUUUUUUUUGAAGAAUCUUUUAUUCAAACCGUUGAAAUCAUCACACCUUUAAAACAUGUUCCAUUUUCACCUCUGAUUCCACGAUUCUCUUAUAGUAAAAGUUAUUGUUUGCAAGAUUUCUGUAGCUAUGACUCAAUCUGGGAAGAAGCAUCUGCAGGAAAACAUGUAUCCAAAAGUGAAGGUGAGGGUACAGAGAGAAGAUGCUGACCAAUAUGUUUAUGAGAAGAAUUCCUUGCAGUCUUUGAAGGCUUUUGAAUGGCUAUCUCUCAACGAUUCCUCUUCUUCAGAUGAUUCCCCAAGGCCAGUUGUGAGGGUUCCCCACUCUUAUGUCCCUCUAUCACCUCCUCCGAGCUUCUACAGAUCCAAAGAGGAAACGAACAAAAAGAAUGCAGAUGUGAAAGAGAACCAAAAAAGCGUUAGAGCGACUUCAGCCCCACGCCCGCGUGCAGUCUUAUCGAGUCCAGACAACGAUGGGAUGAUCGGACAAAGAACACCAACACGAGCACAAAUACAACCUUCUCCCGGCCCUAAAAACCGCGUUGCAAGUCAGAAUAGACACACACUAUGCAAGAUUUUCCCAAAAUCCACUACUGCUGAGGGCACACCUAGAAAAACACAUGCCAAGGAAUCAUCUGAGCUGAAAAACGACAUUCGAGCAAAAGGGAGAGUCACAUCACUGACUGAUUCAAGAACAAGAGCAGCAGCUGCACAGAGGAAAAAGACAGCUCCAUCAUGAGUUCUUAUGAACUGAUUUGGAGCUUAUACUUCUGCUCGAGUAACAGUUUUGAGUUUGGCAGAGAAAGAUGGGUCAGAUAAGGUAGAAUGUUUUUGUCUUUUUGUUUUUUGGGAACAGCAGAAGGCUUUGUUUGUGUACAUAUGAUUUACGAAGUUGCAGUUGGAUUCUUCUGUUGCAAAAAUCUUAUUAUGACGUUAUGGAUACAUGCCACGUUUAUAUUUA